AUGUUGAAUGCUCGGGGCGAUCCUAUUCCCAAGCAUAAGAUCGGAAAACUGGUCUCCCUUGCAGUGCUUAUAGAAGCGGCUGAGUUGCACGGCACUCUCGCGAAUUCUCGUCACACUCCAACGCCAAUCCCCCUCGUACGCCUUGUACAACGUGGCCGGGCGCUAAUCGCCGCUCUCAUAGCCACCAGAUCCUGGCUUGAAGACUUCUGGUGGUUGUGCCACGUUCUCAAGCCCUAUUCCCUGCUGAACUUUCCGGAUUGGUACUCACAGCUCGCGCAUUGGCAUCAGUUUGGGAGGGGUUGUGGCAGUCUGGCGGCUGCUCAUAAGCCGGUCGCAGUCAUGAGCUUCUCCACCUCCAGAAGCUCUACGGAAAGCCUUUUGAACUCCUUCCCAAUGUUUGGCCACCCUGGUAUCUCUGCACUCGAAUACGCUGGGAGCCUCGAGGCUGCACGCAAGAGGAACACAAACGAGACGUUGGAUUCUCUCCGUUGCAAGUCCACCGUCUCGACGCAGGACGAAAACGUCACUCCACCCACCACAGCAGGCAUUGAUCCGACUGGCUCUGGCUUUGGCUCGUCACCGCCUCUUCAUUAUAUAGACGAGUUUGGCUGUCAACAAAGAAGAAGAGGGACCUUUCUCAACCACACGCCACGGGACUUUGAAAUGCGAUCACCCAAGAACGUGGAGGUGUACCGACCAUCACGAUCUUCUUCUAAUGAGAACUACUCACGGCCGAGGACUCUGUCUUAUCGCGGAACACCAAGUGAGGGUUGUCAGACGCAGGCAAGCCAAUACGCAUAUUGCUCGUCACCAGAGUCACAAAUCGUGGGGAAGAGGAUCACCAUCAACCGUGGCGCCCCAGCCGAGCUUGACUCGACCGAAGUAGGAACCCCUACCACAUUGAAUGUCUACCAACCAUCAGCCAACGGUCACCGUCGCUCAUUUUCAGUGCCUUUGGUCAAGACCGCAACACAACAAUUAUGCUCCAGCUAUACGUCAAGUCACGAAACAAACAUCCGAAGUGCGAGUAUUCCAGCAAUCUUCCCCCAAGAGAAGAAGCAGCGACGACGUCAAACGCCUUUCAAAUUCGGUAGUCCAAAGUCUAACAACGUUGCACGGCAUGCACCACUGGAAUCUUGGGUCGCGGAACAUCGCCGGAAAGAGUCUAAUGAAGGCGUCCUCGACUUACUUCCCUCCCUCGAAACUGGUCAAGAUGAAGAGAUGGGCACUUUUGGUGUGAUUCAACGGUACUUUGAUAGUCAGAGUGGCGGGCCGGUAUCUUCGCCCAAUACCUCCUCCGAUGCCUGCUCUCCCUGCCCCUCAGAUACACCACCAGUGCAGUCGAAUCCUGUCCUGCAAAGUCCAUUCAGAGCGUCCGCGGCCAUCUUUCCCAUUGAUGAGCUGCAUUUUUUAAACGGGCCACCGCCUGCCGUUCCGGAUCGCAGCCCAAAACGUUUGACGAACCCCUGUUUUCCGCUAAACAUCCAAGUCGAGUCUACCAUAUCCGUGGACAGCGAGUUUGUCUUUGCCGCUGAGGGGCAGUAUUCGCCGUACAAUCAGGAGAAAGGCGGGCUCCAUAUUCCGAAGAAACAGGUUCCGAAACGUGUCGACGUGGGACAAGCUGAUCUUGCGGGCUCAGCCAUCGUUGGCAAGGAAGCGCCACCAAUUCUCGACCACAAUGCGCUGACGGCGAAGUUCCAUCGCGGUUGCAAUGAUCAGACUUACUACCGCUUGGGACUCAACGACUUCCAUUACUACCUUAGAAACACUGGGCCGUCACCAGAACCUCAGCCGAAUACUCGACAACAGCGCAAGAAGACCGGUAUGCGGUUGUUCAAGGUCAAGCAGCGGAAGACACUCGCAGCCCGGGUUGGGUCUGUAGAAGGCUCACCACAGAGAUCGAACAAGGAGUCUCCUAUACCGGCUUGCGCGCGCGAAAUGACAACUGCGGGUGGAGCCAAACAUCUCAAGAUUGUGAUUCCAACUGAAGCCAUGAUCAGCACCCCGUCACUGGCUCUCGUACGACCGGCGUCCCAAUCAAAGCCCAAGAACCGCUCAAGAUAUGUCUCCCUCAUGGGUGACUCCUUCACAGAAGAAAUGCUCAAUCCACUCGCAAGCCCACAAGUCGAACGCAUCAUAUCAGGCUCCGGCUCCAACACACCCCCACGAGCGCCGCUUCAACCAACAUCCAACUCUCCACGCAGUCCCAAAAGAACGCCUACAUCGCCCAAGCCCAUUCCCGUAGACAACCAUCCUCUAGCCUCGCGCGAAGAACAGACACGAGCUCGCAAACUGCGUGAUCUCCAACGUAUAAAGAAGAAGCCCCUGUCCGCGCCAGCCCACGCUCCACCGCCAACGCUGGAAAAACAGCAGGCCGAGGUCGUACCCCAUGCACCGCUCACACCGGCGCAAACACCCGAGCCCAUUCGCGAGCGAUCUCUCGACAGCGGGCAUGAAGAUGAGGCCGAGAACGGGGCGUCGACAAGGUACAAGAUGCACAAGAUGCACGAGAGGGUUGUUUCGCUGCAGCGCCAGAAUGAGCAGUUGACCGAGGCGCUGGCGAAGAUUGUGGGCCUCGAGUUGGAGGAGGGCGAGAUUCGGACGCAGGAUGUGCUGGAGGCGUGUAGGAAGAUUCGGUUCUUUAGGACGCCGGGGGUUGUGUGA